AUGACCACUAUCAGGAAAGUUGCGAUCCUUGGGGCCACUGGUACCCUCGGAUCACGCAUUUCAAGCGCUCUCAGCGCAGCAGGUCACGAAGUCACCGCCAUCCAGCGAAAAGAUUCAACCAAGCCUGCUCCCGAAGGUCUCAAGCCCACCAGAGUCGACUACCAGAACAAAGACGAACUGAUUUCUACAUUCACCGGCCAGGAAGUUGUCAUCAGCGCCGUCCCCUUUCCCCAACUCAACUCCGAAAAGAUCAUUAUCGACGCCUGCAUCGCCGCCUCCGUCAAACGCUUCAUCCCAUCCGAAUACACCACGAUGAUGGAAUCCCCUCUAACCAUCAAUCUCCCAAUCGCCAAAGAGAAGGUUCUGAUCCGACAGUACCUGAACUCUGUCAUGCCUGACACCUCUUCACCCACCACCUGGACCUCUAUUAACAAUGGCGCUUUCUUCGACAUGGCUCUCAAGUACGGCGUCUUGGGACCUAAUCCCAUGACCAAGAAAGCCACCUUCCAUGAUGGAGGCGAUAAGGAAAUCGCCGUUUCCCUGUUGGGUGAUAUUGCAACUGCUAUCGUUAAGCUGCUGGAGCCUACGAAGUUCGAGGCUGCGGCUAAUCAGCCGGUUUAUAUUUGCUCGGCUGUGAUUACGGAGCGGAAAUUGACUAAGAUGGUUUCUGAGAUCUUGGGUAUUGACUUUGGGACGCCGGAAGAUGUUGAUAUUAAGAAGCUUAUCGAGGAGUCGGAUGAGAGGCUGAAACGGGGUGAUAUGUCGGCUGUUAUCAAUUAUUAUUUCCAGAUGAUGUAUAGGGAGGGGUAUAUGGGUGGGGAGUUUAUGCGGUUUAACUGGAAUGAGAGGCUGGGGUUGACGUUCAUGGGUGAGGAGGAGGUUAGGGAUGCGGUGAGGGAGAUUUUGGGGGCUUAG